GGCGGUGCAGGCGGCCAUCUCCCACCUGGAGCCGCCCCGCCGUGCGGGAAGAGGAAGUGGGAGCUCGGGAGAAGCGGAAAUCGCCGCCGCCGUCCGGCCGGGAAGCACCGCAGGAUCCAGGGCAGCCGGCAGGAUGUGGAAGGCUACCGCAGGCCACGCCAUUGCUGUCACCCAGGAUGAUGGAGCAGAUGACUGGGAGACAGAUCCCGACUUUGUGAAUGACGUGAGCGAGAAAGAGCAGCGCUGGGGGGCUAAAACUGUGAAAGGAUCCGGCCAUCAAGAGCACAUCAAUAUUCAUCAGCUGAGAGAGAAUGUGUUCCAAGAACACCAAACCAUCAAAGAGAAGGAGCUUGAAACAGGACCAAAAGCUUCCCAUGGCUACGGAGGGAAAUUUGGCGUUGAACAAGAUCGCAUGGAUAAAUCAGCUGUUGGACACGAGUACCAGUCGAAGCUUUCUAAGCAUUGCUCCCAAGUGGAUUCCGUGAAAGGAUUUGGAGGCAAAUUUGGAGUUCAAACUGACAGAGUUGACCAGUCAGCUGUUGGGUUUGAAUACCAGGGGAAGACUGAGAAACAUGCCUCCCAAAAAGACUACUCGAGUGGUUUUGGCGGAAAAUAUGGAGUGCAAGCUGACAGAGUAGACAAGAGUGCAGUGGGGUUUGAUUACCAGGGUAAAACUGAGAAGCAUGAGUCACAAAAAGAUUAUUCCAAGGGCUUUGGUGGUAAAUAUGGUGUUGACAAGGACAAAGUGGACAAAAGUGCUGUUGGCUUUGAAUAUCAAGGCAAAACGGAAAAACAUGAAUCACAGAAAGAUUAUGUGAAGGGGUUUGGAGGCAAGUUUGGUGUGCAGACAGACAGACAAGACAAAUGUGCACUUGGCUGGGAUCACCAGGAGAAAGUGCAGCUGCAUGAAUCCCAGAAAGACUAUAAGAGUGGUUUCGGAGGGAAAUUUGGUGUACAGACAGAAAGGCAGGACCCAUCUGCUGUGGGGUUUGAUUACAAGGAGAAACUAGCCAAGCAUGAAUCUCAACAAGAUUAUUCAAAAGGAUUUGGUGGGAAGUAUGGUGUACAGAAAGAUCGGAUGGAUAAGAAUGCAGCAACUUUUGAAGAUAUUGAGAAACCAACCUCAUCAUAUCAGAAAACGAAACCAGUAGAAGCUGUUGCUAAUAAAACAAGUAGCAUUAGAGCUAACUUUGAAAACCUCGCCAAGGAGAAAGAACAGGAAGACCGGAGGAAGGCAGAAGCUGAGAGAGCACAAAGAAUGGCAAGGGAGAAACAAGAACAGGAAGAGGCCCGAAGGAAACUGGAGGAGCAAGCUAAAGCCAAAAAACAAACUCCACCGCCAUCUCCUACCAUACAACCAGCUGAACCCAAGACACCCUCAAGUCCAGUGUACCAGGAUGCAGAGUCUGCCUACAAGAACUCUAGCACAACAUACUCUGCUGCACAUGAGCCAGAAUCUGGCUACAAAACUACCGAGUCAGACUACCAAGAAGCAGUGAGUCAGCGAGAGGCAGAAUAUGAACCAGAGACAGUCUAUGAAGUGGCAGGGGCAGGAGAGCAUUACCAAGCAGAAGAAAAUACUUACGACGAAUAUGAAAAUGAACUUGGAAUUACAGCCAUAGCCCUUUACGAUUAUCAGGCUGCGGGUGAUGAUGAGAUCUCCUUUGAUCCAGAUGACAUCAUCACGAACAUAGAGAUGAUAGAUGAUGGCUGGUGGAGGGGCGUCUGCAAAGGCCGAUACGGGUUGUUCCCAGCGAAUUAUGUGGAGCUGAGACAAUAGAGACUGUUGUCUGCUGGUUAUGCCUUAAUUCCUCGGUCAAUAAAUCUGACUUAGUACACUACAAAUCAUGAUGCUUUUCUGAGAAUGGAGGGGUAUAUACAUAUUGCUUUUAUAUUUAAUACUUUGCCGAUUGCUUUUUAAAAUGUUUAUGCCACAGAAGUUGCUAAUAUAUUGUAACUACUCUGUUCUUCACUAAGGCUCUUAAAAUGAUUUUCAUGCAUUUGGAAACAUUCUCUGCCAAAUUAGCGAUUGUCAUAAAAAGCCUUUCCGAGGACAAUUAGCUGUCUGUCAUAAUAUUGCAUGUUUUACUCAUAAGUGAGCAGAUUUACCUAGUGUUUAAGUCUAGUUAGUCUUCCACUAAGUGUUUUCAGCUCGGAAAAUCAUGGCCGUGCAGGUUAGUUGCAUUUCCACUAAGAAAAUGGGGCGGGCAGGACUGGGAAGGGGCAUAAUUUCUUCCUUUUGUUUUCUCGAUAGUAUGUGGAAAAGUGAAGAGGAUGCUUGAAAGUUACAGCUAAUGGCAGUUAAUUGAGUACUCUCCGAUAUUUACUGAAUAUUAAUGUUAUGAAGGAAACAGUCCGGUUACUUUUUCCUUCUCUUUUAAAGUGAAGUUUCUAGUAUAUUGCAUUGUUUGUUUGUUUUUUCUCUCAUCUCGCUCCCUCUCUUCAUGUUAUUUCAGAGGAGGACAGCAAAACACUCUAACGCUGACUGUCCUCAAUUUAUUUGCUUUCUGUUUCAAUUCCUCUCCCCACUUUCACGGGAAAACUUGAAAGAAUUACUGUACGAGUGUUGAGUUACUGAGUGAAAUUCCUACUUGCCGAAAGGGAAACCAGCAUCCAAAUCUGUGUGACUGCAUACAAGGGAUAGUCUCAUUUCUUUAAAGGGGAGGAAAAAAGGCAAGACGGAAUCGCGGUCAUUUUGUGUGCAGUGCAUCCUUUGUUCAUACAAUGAAACGGGCGGGCCUGCUGUGCAGUAAUAACAUUUUACGUAACCGUAUUUGAGUUGAAGAUUAUUAAUAUAAAUAAUUUGUUUUGAAACCCUUAUAAAUAAUCUCAGUUUUUAAACCACGCAAGAGACGUCUGUACUUUUUGUAUGCUCAGCAGAAACUGCCGGUAGCGUUUGACUAAACAAUGGGUUUAAACCUGUUCUUUGCCAAAACUAAAACCAAACUUUCUGUCAUUCUAGAAAGCUGAUUUCUCUGCAGGUUUAGGGUCCCUACCAAAGAUAGUAAACUGCAUCUAGUAGUGCACAUGUUACAUGUAUGUACCGUCUGUUUCCACCUUCUGAUCAAGUGAGAAAAGCAGAACUGAUACGGUAGCUAAGAAAGAACGCAAAGAGGUUUUUUAAACUGUAACUUUGGACCAAUGGAAUAUAGGAGACCUGUAUAAAAUGGUAAAAUAUAUAAUGUAUCUUGGAAGGCAUUGUGUUGAACCGAUUCUUGGAUGGUUGGGACAAUCCUUAAUGAAUGUCAUGUGUGCAUCAUGAUUAUAUAUAUAUUUUUCCUUUCCAUGGUCUCAUUUCUCUGUUGUAUUUGCAUUACUAGGGUUGGGUUUUAUAUGCAAUUUAUUUUAUCCAAUUUUGCAUAGAACACCACAUAGGGGAGAUAUGAUUUUUGUAAAUUAAAUCUUCAAUAAACUUUUUGAACCAUUUGCAUGUAA